UAGUUAGUUUCUUGAAGUGGGUGUGUUGGGAAAUAAUGGAUUACAGCUUUCCGGCGAGCAACCCCAGCUCGUGUGGCUCCUCCUCCGGUGGCGACGGAGGAGAAACCAGAAAGGAGAAGAUGAAGAAGAACGGUGGCGGCGGCGGCAGCGGGAGCGGCGGAGGGAAAAGGAGCAAAGGCGUUAUGAAACUAUCAACCGACCCACAAAGCGUGGCGGCGCGAGAACGACGGCAUAGAAUCAGCGACCGGUUCAAGAUUUUGCAAAGCUUAGUCCCCGGCGGCAACAAAAUGGACACCGUCUCAAUGCUCGACGAAGCCAUUCAUUAUGUCAAGUUCUUAAAAACCCAGAUUUGGCUUCAUCAAACCAUGAUUAAUUUCGUUGAUUAUGAUGAUCCUUCUUCCUCCUCCGCCGCCGCCACCGCCGUCAACUGUCCGAAUUCCGGCAUCCCUGUCGGCGGUGACAUGAAUUUUGUGUUCCCUGAAAACGAGGUUGUUAAAAUGGAGGAGGCGUUCUUGCCUCAUCUCGAUCCCGACAAUAUCUAUUUCCCUUCCGGACAAGACCAAUUCAUGUGCUCUUCUUUUGAUGCUUACAUGAACUUCUAAUUUUUUUUUUUUUUAAUCUAUGAUUUGUACGUACUUAAUUAUGUUAAUUACUAUGUAUUUUGGAUAAUUAAUUACUAUGUACUUAAUUAUUAAUCA